AUGAGCAUUCGAAUUAAAGAUCACGAGCAAGACACAUUUAAUGAAGACACCUUCAAAAAUCUUCUCGAAGUUCUAGUCAUAGUUGUACCGAAACUGAGGAUUCUGACAUUUGCCCAAUGGAGUCUCAUGGAAGAAUUGUCUCUAUACUUUAAGGAUAUGUCCCAGAAUAUUCGGUUCUCCCAGCUAGAGGAACUUCAUCUUUAUUCGAUCGAGGUGACGGCGGAUACUCUCGAAUAA